CCCGACGACCUGCUCCUCCAGGUACUCGUUCGUCUCCGCUGCGCUCGCACCGCCGCCCUCACCAGCGCCGUCGCGCGUCGAUGGCGCGCCCUCUGGAGGUACCUUGCCGAGCUCUCCUUCCGCGGGAUCGCGCCGGACGCCCUCGAAGACGCCCUCGUCCAGGUCGCCCGCCCCACCAUCUCCCUCCUCGAGAUUGACAUACCCGAGGAGCACAGGGACCAGAUUGACCCUGCCCGCGUCUCCGCGCUGCUCCGUACGGCCGCGCGGCUGGCGCCCACGGCUCUGGUCUUCACUGCUUGCGGGAACUUUAAAGAUGGUACGAUUCCUAUCGAGGUUCCUGUCUUCCACCGAGCCACCUCGAUCAAGCUGGAAGUGCAGAACCUGUAUCUAACACCGCCGGCCCAUGGACUUGAGUUCCCUGUGCUGGAGAGGCUGUCCGUCGCUGGCUUCCGCUUCGACAUGGAUGAGCUUAUCCAGCGCUGCCCUCGCCUGCGCGUACUGGGGGUGGGCAACGGCUGGGGUCUCGGUAUGAUCAGAGUCCACUCACCGACGAUUGAGGAGCUUGUCGUGGACUACACCCGCGUGUGAGUGGCAUCGACAUCAUGGCACCUGUGCUUAAGAAGUUCGAGCUGUGGACCUGGAUGAGCUCGGAUUUCAGCGUGUCGUUCAACGCGCCGAUGGUGGAGAAUCUACGGUGGGACAUCUAUUGCAACUUUCAAAAUGUGGGGAUUGAUGUCUGGCGCCUGCGCAGAGUAGGCUUAUGGAAGAAGGAGAGCGUCAAUACCCUAUGGUUGUUCAUACAUGCUCCGGUUUAUGCACUAGAUGCAGAGAGGAACUCCAGUCAAGAGAUAGCAUCACUUCCCAACUUUUCUGUUCUGCAGCUACGUCUGGUAACACGGGGACAUAUUUUUGGGCCCCUUGUGUUGAAUCUACUUGGGAUCUGCAACGUAAUACAAAAUCUUAAGGUGACCAUAGACAAAGACACGUGCAGACAAGUAUGCCCAUCAAAUUGUCCUUGUGAGCAACCCCAAAACUGGAGAAGGCAAACUAUCUCGUUGCCAGCUCUUGAAGAAGUAGAAAUAAAAGGUUUCGAAGGAAAUGGCGACGAAAUUGAUUUCCUGAAACUUCUGUUCAGAUGCACGCCUCUGAUGAAAA